ACUUUUUUUAUUUGCCGCAAUAUUUAAAAAUUUCAAGAUGAGCAGCAGCGCAAUGCACGUUGAAGUUCGGCUGCACAGCAACGACCAACCAAUACCGGCACUGCGAUCUGUAUUGAAGCCGGCUGUGAACGCGUUCUUGCUAUCAAAUAAAAACCUGCCCCAGAAUGUGGCCUUCAAGCCGGACUUGUCUCAGACGGACCCCUCGUUGGUGGCGAGUGUUCUCCUGGAGCGCGACUGCGGCGGCAGGCCAGAUAUCGAGGGGCAGACGAGGUCGUUCUGUUUUCAUUUCUACAAGCCGUAUGCAGCUGCGGCAACCGCAGGCUCUGGCCUCUUCGACGGCACCGUCGAUGCUGAUGGCGGGGCUGUCGUAGAUGCUAAUCACGUCUUACUGCCAUCCAAACAGUUUGUGGGCUUGUGGGAGUCCUUGGUUUUCGAGAAAGGACUUAAGGAGAGGCUGCUGAAGUACGCCUUGUCUGCGUUGACCUUCUCGCAGCACUGCGUGGACACGAAUGUGAUUUCCUGCAAUCGUCUGAUACUGCUCCAUGGCCCACCGGGCACUGGGAAGACGAGCCUUUGCAAGGCCCUGGCACAGAAGCUGGCCAUAAGGACGCACGAGGCCUAUGCCUACACACAUCUGGUGGAGAUAAACAGCCACAGCCUGUUCUCCAAGUGGUUCUCGGAGAGCGGUAAGCUGGUGGCCCGACUUUUUGCCAAGAUCGGGGAGCUGGUGGCGGACCGUAACAAUUUGGUUUGUCUGCUCAUCGAUGAGGUGGAAUCGCUGGCGUAUGCCCGGAGUUCGAUGAACAGCAACGAACCGCGCGAUGCCAUGCGUGUGGUCAAUGCCUUGCUGACACACCUGGACGAGAUCAAGGCGCGUCCCAAUGUGCUCAUCCUGGCCACCUCCAACCUGGCGCAGAGCAUCGAUCUCGCCUUCCUGGAUCGCGCCGAUAUCCGGCAAUACAUUGGCUAUCCGGCCGUGCCUGCCAUCAGAUCGAUUUACAAGAGCAUGCUGCUCGAGCUCAUGUCCGCGGGCAUUGUGGAGUGCGAAGCCCUCGAGACUGAGGACAUUGAGGAGGGACUCCUCACAAAUCUUUCCGAGCGCAGCGUUGGUCUCAGCGGUCGCACCCUGCGAAAGCUGCCCCUGCUGGCCCACGCCCAGUACACCGCCAGUGAACUGUUCGAGGAGCAUGGAAAGAUAUUCCUGUCCAACUUUCUGGAUGCAUUGCUGCUGGCCCUGGAGCAGAAUCUGCGCGAGCACCAUCUCUUGAAAUUGGAGUCUACGGAAUAGUCAGACCCAAGUCAACAGCAAAGCAAACCAAUUUCUCUUAAGAGAACGAAAGAAAAAAAAGAAUAUCCCCACUUUAUCUCCAUCAAAUGCGAAACUCUGUUAACUUCAAUUUUUUUUACAAUGAAAAACAAUUGAGAAUCCCA